CAAUUACCCCAAUCCUUAAGAAAAUCCUCCAUUUUAACUACUCUUGUUUGCCCCACAUUCAGCUGCUCAAAGAAAGAUGGAAAUGAGCAGUUUAACUUUUGCUACACAACCAUCUUCAACACCAUUGAAUUUCUUCAAUCAUAGUUUAAACCAAUUGAAGCCUUCAAUUCCAUCAAUUUCAGUAACAAACACUUUUAAUUCAUUGAAUCAUAGCAGAAAAAGAUCCAUUCUAGUUAAAGCCUUUAAUGGGUCAUUUGAACACCAAACUUUAUCUUCCAAUUGGGAAUUUACAGGAACAACUGCACCUUAUUUGCCCAGAUUUGAAGAACUUGAUACUACCAAUAUGCUUCUUCGUCAAAGAAUCAUCUUUUUGGGGUCUCAAAUUGAUGACACUACAGCAGAUUUUGUGAUAAGCCAGCUCUUACUUUUGGAUGCAGAAGAUUCUAAGAAGGAUAUAAAGUUGUUUAUUAACUCUCCUGGUGGAUCAGUGACUGCAGGGAUGGGAAUUUAUGAUGCUAUGAAACAGUGCAAGGCAGAUGUAUCUACUAUAUGCAUGGGAUUAGCUGCAUCUAUGGGUGCCUUUCUUCUUGCUUCGGGUAGUAAAGGGAAACGUUAUUGCAUGCCGAAUUCAAGAGUUAUGAUUCAUCAACCACUCGGAACAGCUGGUGGAAAGGCAACGGAGAUGAGCAUACGUAUUAGAGAAAUGAAUUACCACAAACUCAAACUCAACAAAAUCUUGUCGAGAAUCACGGGAAAGCCCGAGGAGCAGAUAGAAAUAGACACUGAUCGUGACAAUUUCAUGAACCCGUGGGAGGCAAAAGAAUACGGACUGAUAGAUGCUGUUAUUGAUGAUGGUAAGCCUGGUUUGAUCGCACCCAUUGGAGAGACAACCGCACCUCCAAAAACAAAGGUGUGGGAUCUUUGGAAGAUUGAGGGUAGUCGCAAAGCCAAGAAGAAUCUUCCCUCUGAGAACAAGAUCUUACGGAAUGGUUAUCCUGGAAGCCAAGGCACUGAGGACCCGAAAAUCCUGUAACAUUAAAAGGAAUCCUCAUUUCACUACAAGGCUUCAACCCAUUAUCCCAUAUUUGUCUAAUUAGGUUUACAUUGUUCAUUCUAAUUUGUAAUAGUGAUGUAGAACUCUUAUUGAGAGAUAGAAGUAUAUGAUACUUCGCAAUUUUUUGUUGGUGGAAACUGAUUUUAUUUGUAGUUCUCCUA